GGAAUAGAAUUAAAAUCUUAACAACAUAUUAAAUAACCAUAAAAUGUAUUUAUCACACUGUUUAUAAAUAUGGGGCCAUUGCUUCUCCUAUCGAUCACAUGGUUGUUUUAAUUAAGAUGUAUGUUUCAAUUACCAUUCAUCGAAAUUUCACUUAGCAUCGAAACUUGCUCUUUCACCUCGAUAAUACAAUAGCCUACAAGGCAUUGAGAUUGCACAACUGUGACAACAUCGCCGGAGAGGGUCUUACAGCACAUCGGGGUAGGUCCAACAAAGCUGAACAUUUUCGUUAGAGUCGACACGAUAUAUGAGUAGAAAUGGCUUCCACACCUCCUGGUACUCCUAAGAAAAUUCAGAAGAGACCGUCAAAGCAGUAUUCCACCUGUUUACUCUAUAACACUGGACAGGCCCUAGCCAAACUUACAGACCUAAGACUGGCUGCCUGCAAUCCUACACGAGAGGGCCCAAGCAUUCAGACUACAAAUGAAGAGGACAACCAUCAACAAGAAACUGGGGUUCAACAGAGGGCUGACUAUACUUCUAUAUCUGAGAAAAUGUCAUGUAAUUUCUGUUCAACUGACUUCAUUUCUAGAGAGGAGCAGACAAAGCACUACAAAUCUGACUGGCAUCGCUACAACUUGCGCCUUAAGUUGAGGGACAAAGAAUCUGUAACAGAGGCAAAGUUUAUAGAAAUAUCAGCUUGUGUAUCCAGCAUUUCUGGCUCAGAAUCGGAGACUGAUGAUUCUGCGGAUGAGGACGGAGAAAAUUCUAAAGUGCGUUUAAAGCCAAGGAGGAUAGCAGCCUUCCUCAGACAUGAAGGAGACUGUAGUAGUAGUAAUGACAGCGAGACAGAACUACCGAGUGUAAUCGAUGAUGCCUCAAGGAAAUUUCCCAAAUUAUUCUUCCGCAAUAAAGAUGGCGAGCUGAUAUCAAUAUAUAGAUGUCUACUUUACCAUAAAAAGAAUCAGCCAACAUCAUUAAAUGACUUAGCUACCAUGGCAACCAAUGCUCCUCACCACAUGACCUGGGCUAUAUUCAUGGCUGCUGGAGGCCAUUUUGCUGCAGCCAUAUUUGAUAAGAGUGAAAUUCUGGUACAUAAAACCUUCCAUCGAUACGUAGUGAGGGCCAAGCGUGGAACUGCUCAGAGCAGUCGUGAUAGUCAGGGAAAUGCCCCAAAAUCUGCUGGGGCAAGUAUAAGACGGUACAACGAAGCAGCUCUCAAAGAGGAAGUACAUGAGCUUAUCUCAUCCUGGUCCAAAGAACUCAGCAAGUGUGACCUGAUCUUCCUAAGAGCUCCUAGUUUUAACAAAAGGAUUUUCUUCUCUGGAAAGACACCUCCGUUACAGAAGAAAGAUGAACGUAUCAGAAUGAUUCCGUUUGCUACUCGAAGACCAACCCACAAUGAAGUCAGAAGAGUGCAUGAAGUGUUGUGUUCAGUUGAAUGUUAUGGUGAUGAAUCUGAAAUCCAAGAUUUCAUUCCCCUGUCUCCGGCUGUAACCUUCUGCCCAGACACAGGCCAUCUGGAGGUUGUUCCUGAUGAUCCUCCAACAUCUCCAAGACACAGAAAAAUCAAGGACAAAUCAAAGCUUAAAACUUCUCCCUUGGCGAAUAAUAGCAGUAAAACAUCUGAGAGACUGGACUCUUUAGAUGACAAAUUUAAACCAAUUCCCAGGUGCCAACAGCUUGAACUAUUAGAUGCAAUUCAUCAGGAGAACCAGUCUUCAGGAGCAUCCACUUGCAGUGACACAGAUAUAGUGGAAACACUGGAGAGUUUGUCUACUGAACAUCUGAAGGAAUUCAGAGCUACUUGCAAACCUCGACCUCAAAAGCAACGUGCUCGCAAACGACGUCCAUCUUUAAAAUGUCAAAUUGCUCCAGAAUCCGAUGCCUUGGAAGAAGAAAAAUAUCACUUGAAGAAUUCUCUCUACACUGCCUGUAAAGUUGGGGACUUUGAAACGCUUCAAAAUCUACUGGCUGUUUUCUCUUCCGACAUGGCCCCGGUGGAAACUGUUCCUGGAGAUAUUAUAGAUUCAAGUGGAAAAUCUACAUCAGUCACCACCUCUGCCCUGGACAGCACUGUAAACUGUUCCCAAACUGAAAAUCAAUUACCAGUCAAAAGUGAUAGUGAUCAUGAACAAAGUUUCUUUAGAAAAUCUAAUGAUUUGAUAGCUUAUCCUGGUGCUUCCAAAUUAGGAAUGGAGGAUGAAAGUGAAAAAGAAAACAAAAUUUGUGAUAGGACCUUGGAGAAUUCAAAUAAAAACCAGAAGGAAAAACAGGAGAUGACUUUAGAUAUCUCAAAUAAAAUAUGUCAAACACAGCAAGAACUUGGAUCAAAUUCUAAUACUGAAGAAAUCUUGUCUCCAAUGGUUUCUGUAGCACUUUUAAAUGAACCAAUAGGAGAUCAGCUUUCAACUCUACUCCAUGUUGCUGCUAAGGAAGGACAUAAAAAGGUGAUAAAGGCUUUGUUGGAAUCAGGGGCAGAUCCUGCAGUCAAAGAUAAGUUUGGAAAGACUCCCUACUGCAGUACAUCCAAUAAAGAGGUUAGGAAUGAGUUCAGGCGAUUUAUGGCCAGGUUUCCUGUUAAAUAUGACUAUAAGGCUGCCCAGGUUCCAAGUCCUCUGACAGGGGAGAUGGAAACAGAGCGAAGACAGAAGGAAGCAGAGAGAAAGAAAAUUCAGAAAAAGGCAAAACAGCAAAAGAUGAAGGAAAUACAUUUAGAAGAAGAAGCGAAGAAAAAAGAAGAAAGGGAAAAAACUCGAUUCUUGUCGCUGUCUGAUAGAGAAAAGCGAGCCCUUGCUGCAGAGAAACGUUUACUGAAACAGACAGUAGAAGAAGGAGGGUCAACGCCCAUUUUGAGUCGAUGUUUCCAGUGUGGCAGAGAUAUAACUGGAAAAGUUCCAUUUGAAUAUUCCGACUACAAGUUUUGUACGACUAAAUGUUUGAAGGAACAUCGUCUAUCAAAUGCCAAAAAAUAGAAAUCAUCCUUAACUUGGCAGUUUCCACGAGAACAUAACAAAACAAAAUUGUGAAUAAUGAGAAACAUUUCCUGAGAAACAUGUCCAGAUGAAUUUCAAUUGUGACUGAACAAUUCUAGAUCACCAUUGAUCAGAAAGAUGAAUAAAUUUAAUGGCUGGUCAGCUUAUUCUGUGGUAAAGGGAUAAGAUUGAUUUGCUGUAAUUUUGAACCUGUCUUACCACCUAGGUUUUCCUCAAACACUCCAUGUUUCUUCAUACAGUAAACAUUGAAUUCCAGUGAAUUCUGUUUUCAUCGGUGGACACCAGGCUGGUGAAUUCUGUUUUCAUCGGUGGACAUCAGGCCAGUAAAUUCCAUUUUGAUCAGGUGCAAUCAUGAUAAUGAUAAUAAUCUUUGAUGGUUAUGAUGUGCUGCUGUUUUGAUGACUGGUGCAUGGAAUAUGUGUUGUAAAAUGUUAAAUAAUUGUAGUAGUAAUUGUAUGUAUUAUGUAUUAUUUAUAUAUGUGUCAGGGGCAUUAUUUAAAUAAUAUGAUAAAGUAAUUGGUUUACGUGAAAUGUCAUCAUGAUAAAUGAUUAUAAUCUUUGAUAGUAAUUAUGUAUCCUGUCAUGAUGAUAAGUAUGUUGUGAACUUAUUUAUGUUUAGUAUGUGGUUGUGUGAUUGUCUGAAUGGAAAUGUGUGUCCUGUGCUUAAU